UAAUUUAAUGUCUCUGACAGAGACUCUCUGUUAAUAUUUGAUUCUAUUGUCCAGUGACAAAAUUUCAUGACUAUAAUGGUACAAGAAAUGACAGUUAUGUUACUGUUACCUGAUUCCAACGGAUAAGUGAACCAACUCAGAAACAAACAACUUUAAUGUAAAGUUAUUUUUAGUAUCAAUUGUUGCUCUCAAUUAGAGUUUUUUUCUUGAUCCUGAUGUUAAACCCGUUUUUUUGUGCUAAACUUAUUCUCUAUCGUUCUUGGUGUUUGCUGGAGUGUUGUGAUGACGAUGGUAACUGUACCUGGCAGUGAUUAGUUUUAUGUGCUGUUGUCAACAUCAAAAUCAAGUUAACAAACCAAUGAACCAUCGAUAGUCAAAUCAAUAGUUUUAUUGGUGAAUAUUUUUUUUAGUUGGUCUAUAGCUCGAUGAUUAAACAAAAUGGACUCUAAAUUUGUGAUUUUUGGCCUAUCCUGUGUUUUCUUUUACUUUUGCAUAUCAAAUGUACUGUGUAAUUCAUGUUCCCCUCCAAAGAAAGAUGAGAAAAUUGUUCCUAAAUCUGGUGAUGGUCAGUGUUCCCCGACUCCUGAACCUCAACACGAAUCAUUUGCUACUCGAUUUGCUGACUGUCCAUUAAGUCCCGAAGUUGGUGAAGGUCCAUAUUUCAUUGAAGAAGAUAUCAUUCGGUCCAAUAUUAUUGAAGAUCGCGAAGGAACAUCUCUCAAUCUUACUUUAAAUCUAAUUGAUUUCGCUACAUGUAAACCAAUUGAAGGAGUAAAAGUUUACAUUUGGCAACCCGAUUACUCAGGCAUUUACUCGGGAUUCAUGGAUAAGCCAAGGAUAAAACGAGAAAAAAUGUAUCCCAAAGAUGCCAGAAGAUUCUUACGAGGAGCUCAAAUAACCGACGACAAUGGUACAGUCUCUUUCGAAACACUAUUCCCAGGACAUUAUCCAGGACGAACACCUCAUAUUCAUUAUCGAGUCCACACUAAAAAUGGAAACGUCGCUCAUAUUGGUCAAAUAUUUUUCGACGAGUCAACAAGUAACAUUAUCCAUUCAACGUUCCCUUACAAUCAAGUUCAAAGUCGACGUUUAAAAAAUGAAGAAGAUGGUGAAUUUAAUUACUUUAACGGGAAAAAGAGUAUAAUCAAUAUUGACCCUAAAUCGUUGACCACAGAUCAACUUGAAGGCUCGUUAAGCUUAGCGAUAAAUCCCCUUCAUCACUCAAAUCUCAUGUGGGGUUAAAUUGUCAAGUUGAAUUAUUCAACAAGACUAUUAAUAUAUUGUUAUUUUUUUCUAAAUCAUUUAUAAUGUUGUCAGUCUAAUCAUCUAAUUACUGUAAUAAUAUAUUUCUGUUAAACAAUUGUAUUGUUAUAUUGUUUUCGCACUAAAUAUUUCAACACUCAUUCAACCAUUGA